CACCACUGGAGGUCGCUGCACUCAACAAAGACACACCAGCUGCUCAUUCCGGUUCGUCCUCGGUGGGGGGAGUCCGCAGUGCUCAGGCUUCGGCGGCAGCAGUCGGAGUCGUUCACGGUGGAGAAAUGAUCAUCAGCACGGCGUUUUGGAUGAAGCGAUAAAACGCGAAGGACAGCUCCAUACACGCGACGGCUCGCGCGCGCCAGAACAAAACAAAACAAAACAGAACAAAACGAAACGAGCGGACCUGCACGCGCUGGACGGAUCAGACUCGGUUUCGGCACGCGGGAGGAAACAGCGACUGGAUCAGACUACAACACCAUCAUCCAAUGCUCCUUUUUUAUUAACUAGCUAAUGAUUAACGCGAGUGUCAAUAAGGGAUUGUUUUCUGCUUGCAUGCUGAGGUCACACUGCUGAUUUCUGGCUCUAACUCUCAUAACAACAACAACAACAAUAAUAAUAACAAUAACAAUAAUAACAAUAAUAAAAGGAGGCUGUGGUUUGGUUAGCAUAGCUACUAGCUGCAGGCUGGAAAUCUAGUGCAUAUACAGAGGAAGUGAUCCAGUGGAAUCUACUAAGAUGAUCUGCUCAUAGCAUUAAAAACCAAGCAAAACAACAAACAAACAAACAAACAAACAAACGCCGGAUGAAAAAAGGGACAAUAAGAGGAUCUGGAUUUCUCCACCAAUGACCCUGGAGAACACCUGGCGCGUGCCAACUGUGUGCAGUUUGCAGCCAUUGUUCCAUCCAGACUCAAAUCCUGUACAUUGCUAAUAAAAAAUAUAUAGAUUUUUUUUUUCUUAUAUCUGCUUAACAUUGCGUCUGGGUUUGUGUUUAACUGAAAAUGGCCGCCGUUGUGAAUUACUCGCCCCCUUGGUGGGUUAACCUGCUGCACCGUCUUCCUCACUUCAACCUGCGCUUCGAGCAGAUCAGCAGCGACUUUCAGCCAGAGGACUCCUCAUACCAGCAGUCCAUUCUGCUGUUGGGAGCGGUGGCUCUAGCCUGCCUGGCCCUGGACCUCCUCUUCCUCCUCUUCUACUCAUUCUGGCUCUGCUGCCGCCGCAAGAAGAGCAGCGAGCAGCCCAACGCCGACUGCUGCUGCACGGCCUGGUGCGUCAUCAUCGCCACCCUCGUGUGCAGCGCUGGCAUUGCCGUUGGUUUCUAUGGGAAUGGAGAGACCUGCGAUGGAGUCAACCGGCUCACCUACUCGCUGCGCCAUGCCAACCGUACUAUUGCCGGCGUACAGAAACUGGUAUCAGACAGCGCCACCUCCCUGAAUCUGACCGUCGAUGAGAAUUUGCAGCAUUUGGAGAGCCAGUACAUGAAGCACACUGAUUACCUGUCGAUUGUGCAGAAGCUGCAGGGCCAGCUGGACGAACUGCUCAAACAGAUGGUGGAGAUCCCUUUCUGGAGCAAUCCCAACAUCUCCCUUGAGGUGCUGGCUGUCAGGAUCGAACUCUAUGACUGGUACAGGUGGCUGGGCUAUCUGGGUCUGCUGUUGUUCGAUGUGCUCAUCUGCCUGCUGGUGCUCUUCGGCCUUAUUCGCAACUCUAAAGGAACUCUGAUUGGGGUCUGUUUACUGGGCGUGUUGGCACUGGUAAUCAGCUGGGGAUCGCUGGGUUUGGAGCUGGCUGUAUCCUCGAGCUCCAGUGACUUUUGUGUGGCACCAGACAUAUACGUCGCGGAAGUGGCCGAACGCUACGGAGUCAUCAACAAAGACAUCCUGCAGUAUUACCUCCGGUGCAACGUGGGCCAAACCAACCCCUUCCAACAGAAGCUGUCUGGAAGCCACAAGGCUCUGGUGGAGAUGCAGGACGACGUGAUGGAGCUCCUGCGUUCUGCAGUGCGAGAAUACCCCCAAACCAAAAGUAAUCUGGAGCAGAUUCAGGGGGUUUUGAACACCACUGAAAUCGGCCUGCAUCAGCUGACUGCCCUGGUGGAUUGCCGCAGUCUGCACAUGGAUUACGUACAGGCUGUGACGGGGCUGUGCUAUGACGGUCUGGAAGGGCUGAUCUACCUGGUGCUCUUUUCCUUCGUCACAGCUCUCAUGUUCAGCUCCAUCAUCUGCAGCGUGCCUCACACAUGGCAGGGUAGGAGGCCCAGUGAAGACAAUGAGGAAGACUCUGCUGCUUCUGGAGGAAGACAAAACCAUGAUAACCUGUACCGGGUUCACAUGCCUAGCCUUUACAGCUGUGGCAGCAGCUAUGGCAGCGAGACCAGCAUCCCUGCAGCAGCACACACCGUCAGCAACGCCCCUGUUACCGAGUACAUGACACAGAAUGCAAACUUCCAAAAUCCUCGCUGUGAGAACACUCCUCUUAUUGGGAGAGAGUCGCCUCCCCCUUCUUACACUUCCAGCAUGAGGGCCAAGUACCUGGCUAACGCCCGGCCCGAUCCCAACAGCAGCACUGCAGCACACUAGAGAACUCCCAGGAACAUCCCUACUCUCUGUCUCUCUCUCUCUCACACACACACACACACACACACACACUCGCUCUCUCUCACAAAUGUGCCCUUGUUCCUGUGACACAAACAGACUCCCAGGCCCACCCAUCCUACUUCAGACAAGAAGGACAUCAACACAUUCACCAUUGAAGAGGCCCCUUGUUUACACGAUUGGCCACAGUUCCAAAUAGUGGCAUACUCCUGACAAGUGUGUGUGUUUGUGUGCGUGUGUGCGUGUAUGUUUUACAGGUCUGUGUGUGUGUGUACAUGUUUGUUCGUACAUGCUGCCGUUGCUUUCUUGUGGUGCUUUUGCCAGAAGAGCCUAAAGCCCCAGAAGUACAAAGCCAGUCGGGGUAACUGGCCUCAAAUCACAUUCCUGCAUGACUUCUAUAAUGUGACCUCGUGUGUGUGUGUAUAUAGGAUUAUUUGACAGGUUAAGACUCUCUACGCUUUCAACACAAAAACAGUAACAUCCACUCUGAUUAGCUGGAUCAGUAACGCGAUUUAAUCUCCACACCAGGUACCUACAUGUAUCACGUCACAAAAGAAGAGCGCAACUUCUGCAAUAGGAAUGAAUGCUGAUUAGACUGGUUUAAACAAAGUGUAUUUUUAAAAUUCACUGAUUCAGUGGUGCUAGCUAAUCUAAUGAAAUCUGAAAAGAAUACUGCCAUUAUGUAUAUGGAAAGGAAACAAGUAGCAAUAGUGAGGCUUGGGGGGUGAUGAAUGGCUUGGGGGGGUUAGCUGUAGUUUAAUAUUUCAGUCUCAGCUCUCUUGUAGGUGGAGUAGUGUUAAUUAAAGCCAUGGCCAGCUUUAGAAAGCCCUGUAUAAGCGUGUCUUUCCUUUUUUUCACCAUGCGUGUAAAUAACCACUCAGAGGUCCCCAGUGCGAUCGAAACGAGACUUGCGCACAAUAUAAAACAGCAGCAUUGCUGAGUAAGAGCUGCUCAGGUUCUCUUCUGCAGAGAUUGCCACACAUGCACACACAAUGGUAUAUGAGGGUUUGGGCACUUGAGCCCAUUCACCUCAGUUCUCUUUGUAUUAUCAUACCCACUAGACAGCAGGCCUGGGAUAACACUGCUGACUUCAGCAAGAUACUGCAUUUUUUUCUAAUGUCUGUGGGGUCUCUGGGAACCGCAGAUCUAUUAUUUUGGUCUUACAUGUCUCUGCCAUGGAAAUGACAGGUUUCCGGUUAUCUAUGACAUACGUGUUGCAUGCUUGCAGCUGUUUUUCCUCCACAGGAGGAUUUAUCAUUGUGUACUUGAGAACGUCUCUGUACUGUACAUGAAAAUGAACUAUGAACUGGACGUAUUGCUGAGCAAGCUUGGACCCAAACAUGGCUGAUCAGGUUUAGUUUUUUUUUUUUUGUUGGGUUUUUUUUUCAUCUUUCGAAGCAGAAUGGGCUCACAGAGGAGAAAGGACAGCUGACUCAGCCAAUCAGAUCGCCUGAAAUGUCCAGGGCUGCUUCAUUUAAGGUCCACACUGACUCCUCUGCUCCGACUCGGCAAUGUUAGAACCACUAAGUUACCACAGACUCCAACAACAACUGCAGCACAUCUGGUCCAAGGAGAAAGUGCUGUAUGGAAACUUGCAUCUCCCCAGAUGAUCACACAUAGACACACACACACACCCACACACAGAUGAUGCAUGAUCCACCAUCUCGCACAGAUUUGAACAUGGAUGAUCUCCUGCAGAGGGUAGCGAGAUGGUCUUCAGUGUCCUGAUUUCUCGCACAGCUCCUCUCUUUCUCUGUCCUUCUUCUGAACUGCACCCUGCUAUGCAAUGUCAUGCGCAGUGGUGCGAGCCAAACUAAAACCACUUCAACAUUCCCAGCUCAGGCUGGGGCUGAAAAAAGUUCCAUUUCCCAAAAUGCUACAGGGACCAAACUGUUCCAUGUACCGUCACUUUCCUGGGAUAGAGGCGUGCAUGCUGUGUAAGGACCAGUUUAAAACUGAUCAUGCAUAACAAAAUUGAAGCUCCUGCUGGACUAGAAGGAACAUAGUAAUUGAAAAAGGAGCAAAAGGGAUUGUGAAAGACUUGGGGAAAGGAACCUGGGUUAUUUGUGUCUUUUAGCUCAUAGCUGAACAUUUCUAGCUUUCUGGACUGUAAGCAUUUGUUCAUUCACUUCUCUGAGGCAUGGUGACCCUUUCGAUGUGGAGUGUGAAGUGUUCUCAUGUGCUACUGAUGCUUAUUUUUUUGGGUUCCUUGAAUUAUGCUAUUAUUGCAAUCAAUAAUGAGACAAGGUUCCUUGACUGUGCCAACAACCAAACCAUGAUUUUUAAUCUUUCUCAUACCUUUUAAAUGUUUCACAUGUUUAAAUGGGCCUUUUUGUACAUUCACAGCUCAGCCUAGCCUGAGCAACUAAGAGAGUCACCUGUGAAAAUGAGCCUGACGUUUUAAGAAUCGUCUUUUUUUUCUAUGUGAAUGACCAUUUGUUAGUGAUGCAAUAUAUUUUAUUCUUUUUACAUCAUACUCUGUUAAUUUCAGAAUGCUAGAACAGUGUAUAUAUAUAUACUAUAUAUAUAAUUACAAUGCAAAAUGAAGAAAACCGCAAGACAAAUUUGCAAUACCAUAGUGCAAAAUGUCACACUUCAUCUCAUUUUUACUUUUUUUCUAGUCAUUGUGGCAUAUUUUUUUUAGAAUGAUUAGUAAGCACAAUUUAUUUUUUUUUUGUCUUAUGUGAAUAACUGAGUUUGGUAUUUCAUUGAAUUGUUUUGAUUAAAUUUCACUGUAGAUUUUUCUUUUUCUUUUUUCCCUUUUAAUUUUUGGCAUUUACUAAAAUAUUGUACAUGUUAAACCUGUGGUUUUAUUCAGCUUGAACUCAGUGUUUUCAGAUUAAAAUAACAUGAACUGACAGCAAA